GAUGGCGGCGGGACGAGGUGAGUUUUUUCGAAGUUUGGCGGAAGGUUUUGAGCGGAAACCUGCCCAGCAGGCACCGGAGAUACAACAACCGAGGGCUGGCAGAGGGAGGCCGAACCUCGGAGGAGCAUUUGCCGCUGAGAGGACAGGAUUUUCAGCCAAAUGGAGAAAGACGCAGCAGAAAAGAGCGAGCAGAGAAGGUUCAGGUAGCGGGACUGAAACCAGUGACCAGCCGACCUGUCCUGGUUUACAAAAAAAAAUUUCCCCAGAGAAGUCCUCCGUUUGCAAACUGAACCUGUUGGAAAGACUUCCCUACGAGAUCCUGAUCAAGAUUCUGUCCUAUCUGGACCCGCCCUCGUUGUUCUGCGUCGGCCACGUGAGCAGACUCUUCAAUCGGCUCUCCAACGACGACUUCCUGUGGCACAGGAUUUACAUGUCCAAGUUUAAUAAACGGAUGUGGAAGCCGAAAAGCGCAGAUACACACGCGGUGACGGAUAACAGGGCGGAGCCAAUGGAGGAUGGUUCGAUUAGCCGCUGGAAGAAGCUGUACUUUAAUCUGAUGACCGGACAGGAAAUGAAGAAAUGGAUGAAAUUGCUUCGAGAGAUCAGUCCCUCCACCGGCCUGCCCUGGCAGACCGUGUCGGUCCUCAGGAACCUGAAUGUGAGCUGGGAGCUGACGCUCUGCAGUCACAACGGAAAAGAGCACAGGUUGGAGCAGAGCAAGGGGCACUUCUUUGAGUCGUCCAUGAUUCUCUGCUGGAGCCUUGGAAUCUGUCUCAAGUUCUAUCAGAUCAGCUCUAUCCGGCUGCACGGCAUCAGGAUGGAGCCUCAGGGGAGCUCCGAAAGCAGGAAGUCAAACUGGCGCUCUCUGAUUCUGGAGCUGGCCACAGAAACGCUGCACCUCUACAUCGGCACAGACAAACGGAUGAGGGUCUUGUUACUGCAGCCGAGUGUCAUCAUGGGCUUCUGGGCGGAAUGCCAGGAGGUGGCCUUCAUCAUGGUCAGUCUACACUUCCAUAAGCUGGUGGAGAAGAGCCUGCUGGGCUCCAAAGCCUGCCCGUACUUUGGAACUGGCGAACUACCACCUGUGGUCGACUCUGACCCAGAGCUGGGUCUCCAUGGCUACACUUUACACUUAGUCCUGCACAACACCAGCACCAUGAUUAUGUCUGGACACUUCAAGCAGCUGUCUUCCCCCAAAGAUUCUCAGAUUCAGGGCGGCCUGGUGGAGCUCAGGUUCAUCCAGAGGGCCGAUUUAUCACAGCACAGAUCGCUGUCUGGAAGCAUCAGAAUUCCCUGGAAAAACCAUGAAAUAGAAGGAGCUGUGGAGAACUGCUGCAUCAUGGGUCUGACUCUACUGGAUGAGUUCCAGUUGCCCUUUUGGUGUGUCAGCUCACCCAUCUACAUCACCAUGGCCAGCAGGAAGCCGUCCUCGGACUAUGGCGGCCAUGAAUUCCAGAUGGUGUACAGGAGCCCUGAGGGUGAGGUGAAGAUGCUGCUGGUGUGGCUGCAGGAGCAGAAGCAGGUCUUCCUCAUCGGCCUCACCGCCUACAUCUCUGUCGCCAAACUCAACAAGCAUUUCAAACGAGAGUACUGAUUGUGCGUCCGCUAGUUGGGACGUUUCACAGCUUGUGUUAUGGUUUUGUUAAAAACUUUUCAAGUUUAGAUAAAAGCACUCCUGGUCAAGAGCUUGUUUUAUUUCAAUGCAAUCAGUGGCAAAAACUUGAUUAUUUUGUUGACUGAUUAAACCGU